CAAUAUGUCAGCUUCCAUGAUUCUCAAUGUGACAUUUCGUACAUGGACAUGAUUCGGUGAAACCAGUGUCUGGCAACCGUAACGAGCUUUAUGUUCUUAUAACAUAGCAGAUAUGGCCGCGUACUAUCGGAACUAUGUCAUUAAAAAGAUUGCCCAGACCCUCAACAACAAAGGUGCCGGACAAGCUGACCUGCUGAGAGAUGCCCGUCAAAUCAUCAAGCUGUCUCAUGCUACCAAGAAAUAUCGGCGUAGUGAUCCCCAGCUGCAGGUGUCAGUCAGGGCAGGUGACAGUGGAAGUCAGCUGGAUGCAGAGAGCAUUAAAGCAGAACUACAUAGGGAUGCACACACAGACAUUGAAGCCGUGACGGCAGACAGGAGAAACUUGUACAUCAAAGUCAAGAAUCAUAAGUUUAACCAGCACAUCCUCAGGACAAUUCAGCAUCAGAAAGAGCUGUUUGGUUACAAACCUGAUGAUGGUCACAGCUCAAUCUCAGGACAGCAUGUGGUUGUUGAGUACAGUUCACCCAACAUAGCAAAGCCGUUCCACACAGGACAUCUGAGGUCCACCAUUAUAGGAAACUUUGUCUCCAACCUGUUUGAAGCUGUAGGUCACAAGGUCACACGCCUCAACUACCUCGGGGACUGGGGAACUCAGUUUGGCCUAUUGUUGACUGGUUACCAUAGAUACGGAGAUACGCACAAGUUGUCGGUUGACCCCUUGCUUCAUUUGUUUGAGGUAUACGUCCAGAUAAUCAAUGAUGUUCAAACAGAGGCAGCGAAGGGUCAGAGAGUCACAUAUGGAGAGGCCCUGGAAACAUUCUCUCGCCUAGAGACAGGUGAUGCAGAUGUGGUCGACAUGUGGAAGCAGUUUCGACAGAUCAGUCUGGCAGAAUACAACAAGAUAUAUCAGAGGCUUGGGAUACGAUUCAGUGAAACCCACACUGAGUCCAUGUACGACGAGGCCACCAAGUCCCUGAUGAAUCGUCUCACUGAUGCUGGCACAUUACAUACAGACGAUUCUGGGGUUGGCUAUGUGGAUAUACCCACAGCGAAGAACGAGGAGAUGGAGAAGGUGAAACUCGUCAAGAGUGAUGGCAGCAGCCUCUAUCUGUCCAGGGAUAUAGCUGCGGCAGUUGACAGGUUCAACAAGUACAAGUUUGACAGGAUGCACUAUGUGGUGGACCACAGCCAGAGAAACCACUUCCUGCAGCUCCAGAGUGUCCUUGACCUCCUGGGACACAACUGGAGCCAGCAGCCACACUUCCAUAUCCCGUUUGGUCGUGUGGAAGGGAUGAGUACUUGUCGUGGGGAGGUCGUGUUCCUGCGUGACCUCCUAGAUGAGGCACAGGGUCGGAUGAGGCAAACGCUGAUGGACAAAGACACAACUCGGGAGGACAUUGAUUUGGAGCAGGUCGCAGAUGCUCUGGGGAUCUCCUCCAUCAUCGUCCAGGACCUGAAGGAGAGAAGGACCAGCAACUACAAGUUCAGCUGGGAGCGCAUGCUCAACUUUAAGUCGGACUCGGGCGUCUUUCUGCAAUAUUGCCAUGCCAGAUUGUGCAGCAUACAGAGAUCGUUCAGUGACGUUGAUGCUGAUGUCGGUGAUGGUCAACAGCUGAGUGAAGACGCUGCGUGUCGACUCAUCCUGCAUCUAGCCAGUUAUCCUGAUGUUGUCCAAGAAUCACUCCUAAGUCUUGAACCGUACCAUAUUGUCCAGCACCUCUUCAGAUUAGGGCACAUGAUCAACGCAGCGUACAAGCACCUACCAGUCAAAGGUCAAGACGAUGCCACUGCACAGGCACGACUCGCCCUGUUUAGCUGCAGCCGCCAGACACUCUCUAAUGGCAUCAAGCUCCUGGGAAUCACCCCACUACAGAAAAUGUAACAUGCUGUUAUAAACAAACAAUAAAAUCAUAUGUAUGUUUAGAUGAUGUUUAUGUACAAGGCAUUGAGUCACCCCACAGAUGAAUCCUCACCCAUCAGCUUGCUCACUGGGUUGACCACUUUGGUUAAACAUUCUGUCACGUCUGGGUUCGAUUUCCCACAUGGCUACAAUGUGUGAAGCCCAUUUCUGGUGUCCCCCUCCGUGAUAUCGUUGGAAUAUCGCUAAAAGUGGCGUACAACUAAACUCAUUUACUUCUUCUGAUAUAAAAAAACACUUGUGAUGAGAAUGGAUGUUUAAACAAGACCACCAUACAUCUUCUUGUGCAGUU